UCAUACGAACAUUUGACACCGAUGACAUACAUCCUACGAUGAAAAUUUGUAUGCAGAUGAUGUCCAAAAUUCCACUGUUAUGUUUUUCUUUUGAGUUGUUCGAAAUGCAUAUUUGCAAAUGCAUAUUUGUUUUGAGCAUGUCCCGACCUUACAAGCAGCGCGUGUGCGUGUAUAGUCUGUGUAUGUCAGUGUCUAUUAUAUUUGAUUUGCUAACUGAGGGAAAAAAAACUUUGCUGAGAAAAAAAGACUGCCUGCUCGUGGUGAUCUCUAUGUUUUAAUAUUCCUCACUCUACUGCGUAAAAAAGGCAGCGAGUUUGAAAUUUCCGGGUCUUACUUUACGGCUGUGAUUGGCCCACACGAAGCUUACCCACAUGCAAAAUGAACCAACGCAACAAUACAGCUUUGAGUCCACUGCGAGUGGAAGCCUGCGGGAUUACGUUCAAGCAAGUAUGACUACGGACAAAAACUAAAAACCGUCCAGCCUCCUUUUGAACUAGCUUAUCUUAUUGUACACGGAGCACGGGUUAGUCGUUUCGCUCGUUUCUACAUAAACGCAAAGGCUAUUGUUGCUAUAGCCUGAAUGCUAUGAAUCCAGAAUGAAUAGUACAGAGGACAGUGGUAGCAAGUGCCCUAUCUCCAGCUUCACCAUUCAGUCCAUUCUGGGUACCACAUCCGAAGGCGCGCGCAAGGAGAAUUCCAAAGGAGGGUUGCAGAGAAAGCGCACACGAUCGGUGUCAUCCGAGGAGUGUAGCGCAGCAGAAGACACUUCAGACUGCUUCUGCUCAGAGCCCGGAGAUCGGGAACCGUGCAAUCGACAUGAACCUCUCAACUUUUCUUGCCUGAACUCCACCAAAGGAAUUACGCAAGGGCAAUCUGCUGUAGAAAGGCGGCAGCAUUUGACUCACGCUCUGUUUCAGGACUACAGAGAGGACAGAGAGAGACCGUGUAGCCAAAUAUCAUCUAUUUCUGAGGAAAGGCCACGAGACGGUGAGGACAAACACAAUAACUCGGGCAAGAAGAAGACCCGCACUGUUUUUUCGCGGAGUCAGGUGUACCAGCUCGAGUCCACUUUCGACAUGAAACGCUACUUGAGUAGCUCCGAGCGGGCCUGCCUUGCCUCUAGUCUACAACUGACAGAGACUCAGGUGAAAACCUGGUUCCAAAACCGCCGGAACAAAUGGAAACGACAACUCUCGGCAGAACUGGAAGCAGCGAAUAUGGCACACGCCUCAGCACAGACUCUAGUUGGGAUGCCGCUUGUUUUUCGAGACAAUUCCCUAUUACGGGUUCCAGUUCCUAGGUCUAUUGCUUUCCCAACGCCUUUAUACUACCCAGGCAAUCUGUCAGCUUUACCGCUGUACAAUCUUUAUAAUAAGACCGAAUACUAACUUCGUGUAUGGGCAUUGAUUAAAAAAAAACAAAACAAAGAAAA